AUGCCUAUGAAGCCCAUUAAGGAAGCUGAGCUGAAGCAUCAUAUCAUGCAGGAUGAGUUGAACCUCAAGUGGCGUGAGAUGGACCUCAAAGUCAAAGCGGCCCGAGGGACCCUGGUGUUGGAAUUGAGAGAACAUGCGAAGGACGAUGAAAUUUUCGAGCCAAGUCGGGCAAGCCAAACCGAGCUGGAAUCGGGCCAAACGGAGACAUUGCACGGGACGAUGCAAGGUCAUCAAGUUACCUUCAUAUUCAUCUCGUGCUUUGAGUUAACAGAAAUGCCUGCUAAUAAUACUCGCCCUACAAAGAAAGCUGCCAAAAAAUAUCAACUUGUACCCCUUCAACCCCUUCAACCUUUACCUUUCCCCCCAAUCAAAGACCACAAGACAGGACUCGUUUGCCUCAACGAGAAUUGCGAGAAAAGACGUCCCCAUUCUACUGUUUAUUAUAUUCCUCAGCCACAUCGAAAUCCCAAAGUUGGAAUUAAGUGCCAGUACGAUAAAGGCUACGUUCGAACGUAUCAUCGAGAAAAAUUUCACUCCGAAAUUAUUGAAAUCAACUCCGCUCUAUCGUUAUCCGCGUAUCUGCCUAUGGACUUUUCAAGGAUAAUGAACAAUAAUCAAUUGCCAUCGCCACCGGUGACACAACAGGCGACUCAGUCUACCAAACCAUUGCGAGGCAAGAACUAUCACCCAUGUGAAGGUGUCAACGGGCAAACUGCGCAAGGUCAUAAGCUGCAAAGGAACACGCACUGCAGCUGCUGCUACCACCUCAACAAAAAGUCUGUAGGGUGUUCUGUACACACAAACCAACGUAAGACAAAAAACAAGGAAGCGAGCACCACCACGAAUGCGGCCAACUCCCAAACUCAUCAAGCGACGCAGGCUCGCGACGACAAUCCUCUCAUCACACCAAGUGCCCAGACACAGGCUAGCCACACAUUCAUUGAACGACUCCCGGCUUCGGAAUUUAGAAACUUUCGCUCCACCUCAAUCAAGAAGCAAGCGAACGAACGAAAAAAAGAAGAACACCUAAAGUCUGCUAGCAACAACAUCACAAUGGUCGUUUGGCCUGAAGUUGAUGUUGACAUGCGGAUGUCCAUGGUCGAAUCCUACUCAGUUGGCUCUCCCUCGCUUGACGGUAACAGACUCCUUGUCAUGUUCCCCGGACUCGACGAGUUUGAAUGUAAAGAUAUGGAUUCACAUUUACUACCAGUCAAAAAGGUGUCCAAAGGUGUCAUGGACAUCCGAAGAUUCCUUUCACGAGAUCUUUCACCAAGGGAGCCGGUGCCUCGACCAGCUGAUCCAACUGAUCAAAUCAACCUAAAAAACCUCCACGUAAUCAGUGACGAUUCAAGUGAAGACGAGUCCAAUCAAAACAAUGAUUCCGAUCAAAUCAUAGCUCGUGAUGAACGUACCCAAUCACCCAGAUCCAGUCCUACUCCGGCUCCUCGCCCCUCUGGAUCAACAAAUCAUCCCCAGCCUUCGACUUCCAACACGUGUGAAACUGAGAAAUGGCCUACUGGAGUAUUGAUGUCGGACAUGUUGAGAUUUAUGCAUGAAAAAAAGAAAUACUCUUAUAAAGACGCAUGGAAGAGGGUAUUUGGCACACCAUAUAUAUAUGCGCGUUCAACAGUGUCUACCUACGGGCGAUGGCUUGAUGAAAUCACUGAAGCCAGAUUGAUCCCUUACACAAUUGAUAACCCCGAUCAUACCGUCAAAGAAGGCAAACAACACUUUAAAUCGGAAUGGAAGGAUUCACACAAAACCCAGAAUGUCAAUGCAGAAGAAUAUACACCUCGUCCUACAAAACGUGUCAAGUUACACAAGUGA